AUGGCUUCGUCCCACACCCCUAGUCCAGCCCAUGCUGGUGCUCGGACUCCCAACUCACGACCCUCGCUCGAACCCAAUUUCACGGACCCUUCCUUUGACCCUGCUGAAUUCCUCAACGAUGUCCUCCCUCCGCUGACGCUGGCGUCAUCGCAGUCAAAUGCCGCUCGAGGUACUGGGGCCGUCUCCCUCACCGAGACAUCGACCCAAGUCCAAUCCAUCCUGACCCAGAUCAAUGCGCAAAAUGUUCGGCUCUCGAACAAUCUGACCCAACUCACGGAUGAAAUCCUCCGAAGUGGUGGACGGCUCGCCUACGAGGUCGAGGUGCUGCGCGGAGAAGCGAUCGGAUUGUCGGAUACCUUGACAGAAGCUCUACGGGACGACGUUGCGAAGUUCGUCCCCGACGACCAGCAGCGAGAUGGUGCUGGCGAUCGAGCAGAAUCUGAGGAACAACCACCGCAGAAUGGAUGCGAUGAUCGGCCCUCCAUGACUGAUCCGGAGUAUAUCACGAAGUUACGAACCUUAAGUCAAGUCCGCUCCCGAUUAGAAGAAGUCGUUCAGACCUUCGGAGAUGCUAUGGAAUGGUCAUUGCCACCGUCGGAGACGUCACUGGCGUCGUCCUUUAUCUCGGUGUCAGCUCCCGACCCCGGUCCUGAGAGCAAUAGUCGUGAGGAUAAGGGCCAAGAGGUCGCGAAGAAGCUGCGCACCGAAGUGACGGAGCUUCUGGACAGUAAUGGCGGUGGUGAACAGGGGAUCGAAGCUGCUACACAACGCGUGGAGGCCCUACGAGAACUAACUGUGGUCUGGAAGGGGACGGCAGAGGAGAAGGCGCGGAAUCGAUUCGUGGAUAGCCUGGCGAAGAUAGUCGAGGACCGUCGUCGGACAUUGGAGAAUCAGGGCAGAAUAAACUCGUCACAGGAAUCGCAAGCCAAAUCAAAGGCGCCAACUGGUCAUCGGCGCCUGGAAAGUGAAGGGCCCGCGGGUGGAAUCUUCCGGAAUCUACAGCGUCUACGCGAGGAAAUCUAUCUGGAGUAA